AUGACCAUUGCCAUCGCUUGUUUCCAAGUGGACCGACCUCCCCCACCACCCCCGCACUGCCCGGACGUGUCCUUCAUUUCUAAAGCUGAACAGGAUCAUUUCGAUUUGGAAAAGGACAAUGUGGAAAGUGUUGAAGAUGUGCUAUUAAAAUUGAAGAAACUAGCACAUCAACGUGUUUACGGUGGCAGAGAAUUCGGUCAUGAUGCAGCUGAAGACGCUAAAAAACCGGUAGCGAUUAGUGUGGAACAGCCAACCGUUGCAAAAGCCGUUAGCCCGUUUCUGUUUGAAGGCGACAUUUUCUUGUCGAAAAAACAAGCUAUCAACAUUCUCAAUGAAGCGUCCAAGGUCACAACAGACCCGAAGAAGCGAGGACGAGGACGGCGAUCGUUCGACGCGAGUCCGGAGUCGAAAUGGCCAGUCACUGCUCCGAUCAAAUACCGCUUUCAUGAGAGUCUCGACUUCGUCGCCGUUUCCAAGAUCAUCAAAGCGAUUGAAUAUUGGGAGAAUGUCACAUGUUUAACAUUUGAGAAUUCUCCACUCGUUAGCGAAACGGAGGAUUAUAUUGAGUUUUUCCAAGGACAAGGAUGCUAUUCUAUGAUUGGUCGAAAUGGUGGUAGACAAGGAGUUUCAAUAGGAGAAAAUUGCGUUAAGGUUGAAUCGGACUUUAUUCUUCCCUCAUUUAUUAGUGACUUUAUGCAACGUGACGCGAAGGAUAUUGACACACUUGGUAUACCGUACGAUCUUGGAUCGGUAAUGCAUUACGGUAGCACUGCAUUCAGCGCUGAUCAGACAAGCAAGACGCUUGUUACGAGAGAUCCGCUCUACCAGAGUACAAUCGGACAACGAGAGACAUUAUCAUUUUUCGACAUAGACACCAUUAAUAAGGCGUACUGUUCAGGUAGCUGCUCAGGAAAAAACAAUUGCAAGAACGGGGGUUAUCCACAUCCAAGUCAAUGCGACAUCUGCCUUUGUCCGAACGGUCUCGCCGGCAACACGUGUGAAGAUUUUGAGCCACCACAUAAAGCGGAUUGCGGAGGGAAAAUCACUGUCAACGACGAGUGGCAAUCAAUCGAAUCACCAGGAUUUCCUGAUCCUGGCUACGAUCCGGAUCAGAAAUGCAGCUGGUUCUUUGAGGCACCAAAAGGAAAACGAAUCGAGUUCGAAUUUAUUGACGAGUUCUCAUUUUUGUGCACAUCCACUUGCGUCGACUACGUUGAAAUGAAAAUACAAGCGGAUUUACGGAAUACCGGCUUCAGAAUAUGCUGUUUUACGAUGCCAGAAGGUUCAUUCGUAUCGGAAAAGGAUAAAGCGAUAAUAGUUUUUCGUUCACAACUCAGCAACGACGUUGGUUUCAAACUUCAGGCAAGAGCAACCACUCUUCCCGCUAGGACCACUCCCGCUCCUGUAACGACGACAACAACACCGAAACCAACGACUAUUGCUGGAACGAAUGUGUGGGGAGAUUGGGGAUCGUGGACCGAAUGUUCGCGUAGUUGCGGUGGUUGUGGAAUCAGAUCACGAGUUCGGAAUUGUCGUACGAAACAAUGCAAGGGACGCCGGCAAGAAUUCAGCACGUGUAACCUCGACGCUUGUCCAAUUGACAAACAUUGUGCCAAAUUGCUUGAAAGUGACAAACUUUGCGAUGGCAGAACAUGUGUCAAGCCUACAGCAGCGUUAUCAAGAUGCAAUGAACCACAAUGCUGUCCACCAUUCAUUAACGUGAACGGAAAAUGUCAAAGUGAUUCCGCUGGCGUUGGCGAUCUCAUCAGGAAAUAG